AAGAAACAUAACAGAAAAAACGAUUGAGUUUUGAUAUCUCCAUGGAUUUAUCAAGAAUGAAAUUUAUUGGUCUUUGAGUUUCAUGUAGGAAUCAAAGGUCAAGCCAGAGGAGUCAAAAAAAAAAAGAGAGAGAGAAGAGCAAGAAAGAUGGGAAGGUUUUUACUUGAGACACAAGCAACCCCGACAAUUCCAGCUACUGAUGCAAACCCUAGACUUUUUGGAGGCUCUAACAUCGACAACAAGAAUAUGGCUACCUUGGAUACAAACAUGGUGAUCAUCCUAGCGGCUCUUCUAUGCGCUUUGAUCUGUGCCCUUGGCAUCAAUUCGGUCUUGCGUUGUGUCUUGCGUUGCACAAGCAGAUCCACGCCUAACGAAGAUGAAACUGACUCCAACUCAAACGCAAACGUAGCAAAAGGGAUCAAGAAACGCGAUUUGAAGCGGAUCCCUGUUGAUUCAUACAGCUCAGAGCUUAAGACGAAAGCCACAGAGUGUUUGAUCUGCCUAGGAGAUUUUGUGGACGGAGAAAAAGUUAGAGUUUUGCCGAAAUGUAACCAUGGCUUUCACGUGAAGUGUAUUGACACGUGGUUGCGGUCACAUUCUUCUUGCCCUACUUGCAGACAACCACUCAUUCUACAUAAAACUCUGGCUGAUGGUUUCCUUCACGAUGAGGACGUGACAGUCGCAGCGUAACACAGCGUCACAAGUCGUAAUAAUAGGUCGAUAUGGUAAUAUAUUUUUGUUUUUGUAAAUGAACGUAUUUACUUACAAAUUAAGAAAGUUUCAUCAACAGUUAUAUACUUCAGUAAUCUGUUUUAUUUUUUCGGUUUUCUUGAUUUUUGGGUUGAUUGGUUGGUGUUAUAACUUUACUUUUUUGUUUUAGAAAAUAGGUUGUGAGUUUUUUGGUUUGGGUUUAAUUUGUUUGCUGUUGAUUUAUUUUCAAAUCACUUAAAUAAAAAUUGUAGAAAAUUUACUUUCGAAAACUAGUAUAUUUUCUUUUUUACCUUUUUUGCAGUAAUGUUAUUUUAAAAAACUAAAGAAUGAUUGCUUUAUAAAAUUGAUUUAGAGAAAAAAAAUGAUUAUCCAAAGCAGCUACAUUCAUUGUUGAAUGUAUAACUGAAUUUAAACAGGUUCUGCUCGAUUCGGUUCGGUCAGCCUUUAAUUUGGAUACAGUUCGAUUUUUAAUGAAAGAAAUGUGAAUAAAAUUGUAAAAUAUUUC